AUGUUUGUAAAUAGUAUAGAUAAGUUUUCAGAGAUAAUAAGCUGCAAUUCCUUACUCAUUUCAAGAUCAAUGUUACUUGAGCGAAGACCAAUACUCAAGAGAAUAUUUUUGAACAACCAACUAUUUGGUGAUGAUAUAUCCUCGCGUCAGCUGUCUCAUUUUAUUGAAUCAGAGACUUUUACAGAAGAAAAUUUAAAUCGACAUUUUGCAGAUCCUGCAUUAACUGUAAAUGAAGAAACAAAUCUUUUCUUCGAACAUAUAUCACUAUGCCACUCAGCUUCCAUCAUAAUCGAGAAAUCAAAAAUAAAUUAUAUUUCUCGCUUUCACGAUGACGAAGAACUCCUUAAAUUAGCAGCCAGGAGUGGUGUUAUGCUUGUUAAAAGGACACCAGAAGAUAGUUCAUUGCUACAAAACGAUAAAAUCAAGCAUUACAAAACAAUGAAAUUAAUUCAUUCAUGUUCUAAGCAUCCAAGGAUCACCAUUAUUGUUGAUGAUGGACAUGAAGAUGAUUAUCUCGUUCUUACUCGAGGAAUUUACAAAGUUAUGAAUUUUGUCGUUGAAGAUCUUCAAUAUUACGACAAAUAUUAUGACCAAUUUCAUACUGAAGGAUUCCAUGUCGAAGUAUGCGCCUAUAAACGACUGAAAAAGAAGAAAUACGAUGAAUUCUGCAACAAAAUUAUUGAAUUAGGUGUUGCAGACACAGAAUUUCAAUUUCCUAUUGUUGAAGAUUAUAUAGAAAAGAACAUGACAUUCCUUGCAUUAUUAGGCUUUGAAGAUAGAAGUCGAAAAGGCAGUUUAUUGUUCUUAAGUCAUGCAAAACAACAUUUUGAUCAAAUCUGUUUUGCAACAACAUCGAAAGGGAUGUCAUUAAUAAUCACAAUCAUUUCUCUAGGAUUAAUAGAUGGUAAUAAUCCAUCAAUUGGCCAGAUAAAAGGAAGUUCACAAGAUGAUGUUGAUAUUUCUUUGACUUAUCUCUUCGAACGACAAGAAUAUGAUUGUAUUAUUAUUACAGGACAUUCUCUUGAAUAUAUUGUAACUUCGGAAUACGCUGAUCAUGCUGCAGAACUAUUUAAGAAAACUCCUGUUUUAAUUAUGCAAAGAUCAAAUUAUUUACAAACAGCAGCUUUCUGUGAAUACCAGCAAAAGAUUCUUAAACAAAGAGUUCUCGCUGUCGGCCAUUCUGUUUAUGACUCUUGUUAUAUGAAUGUUGCCAAUUUAUCAGUUGCUAUUCCUGCAAAUGAGAUCAAACCAAACAAUAUAAGUUCAGAUAUAAUUGUUACGAAUUUCGAACAGUUUUCUUCAUUGAUUUUUGUAGGAAGUUCAUGGCUGAGUGAAAGAAUUGAUUCAUUGUUAAAGUUUUAUGAAUCAAAGAACAUUUUAUUAGCAAUGAUGCAAUUUUGCUUUAGUAUCAAAGCGAAUAUUAAUUAUAGCUAUGCAUUUAGUUGCAGUUUAUAUCCUGUAAUGCUUUUAUUUACUGUUUUGAGUUUAUUCCCUCAUUGCAUUACCAAGAAUUCGAAGUCUUCAGAAGAAAUAAUGCUUGAUGUUACAAAACCUUCUCAAAUUUACACCAAGAAAACAAAGUUCUUUUUUGUUUUCAUGUUUUUCACUGCCUUGGCAUUUUUGCUUAUUGAAACAAUCUUUUUCGUAAUAAGAAGAUGCUCAGAUCCAUUCACAGCUGUAGAAUCUCCUUUCUUAAUUAUUGCUAAUUCAUUUGCUUUUUACACAGCAUUUCUAAUAUCUGAUUUCGAAAAAUUUAAUGUAGUUAAUGUUCCUGGAGUUAUAGGAAGCUUAAUUUUCUUCUUUGUAUUCAUGUUGAUUUAUACAAAUAAUCCAAAUGUACCUAACGUAUUUGAUUCCAUGUUUCAGACGCGUGAAGAAGUAUUUCUUGUCAUCUUUUGGUUUUUUGUUCCAUUAGUUUUUGGGUAUGUAACAAAAUACUUUUCCAAACCACGCAUUUCCGAAAGGAGUCACAACAAUCGAGGAUUUGUUAUGCCUCAAGCUAGAAAUCAGCGCUUUUUAUAA